AUGCAAGCGCUCGCACCAGUUCUUGCUCGACGUGGGAUAUCUCGACUACCUAUCGGUUCACGGGCUGCUGCAGCGACGAAUACUGGCAACUCGCUGACAGCUCAUUUGAUCAGAGGAACUAUUGGAGGAAAUAUUUCGACUCGGUCUACUGUGUAUAAGGUACAGCUGCACGCCAUGUCUUCUUCAGCGCAGAACGAGCUGCGGUUUAAGAACCCAAGGAUAUUCGUCUGCGACAUUCAAGAAAAGUUCCGCAAGGUCAUUUAUGAAUUUGACAGCAUCGUCCUUACCACACAGAAACUUGUCAAAUUCGCCAACUCCCUUUCCGUCCCCGUUGUAACCACAACUCAAACCUCAGCUAAACUUGGUCCUACUGUAUCAUCUCUUGCCCAGCUCCUGCCCUCGGCACCUCAUGACAAGACCAAGUUUUCCAUGGUCAUCCCCUCUGUCGUUGCCGAUUUACCUCCGAACUCUGAGAUCGCUCUGGUCGGCAUUGAAUCUCACAUCUGCAUUACUCAGACAGCACUUGAUUUACGUAACGCCGGCCACAAGGUUUAUGUCAUCGCUGAUGGAGUGUCGAGUUGUAACCCCCGCGAGGUGGGCAUUGCGCUGGACCGAUUGCGCGCCGAGCCUGGCAUCACAGUAACUUCGAGCGAGAGUUGGAUGUAUGAGUGCGUGGGAGACGCAUCGCACUCAGCCUUCAAGGGACUUUUUGGUGUCGUCAAGGAAUCAAUGGCCGAUACUAAGAAGGUUUGGCAGACUCUGCCUUCAGAGUCCAAGAUCUAA